AUGGAUGAGAUUGUUACUAAAUUGGGUAUGAAUGAAAUUAUUAAUGAAUUGGUUGAUGGAAUCUAUGAAAACAGGAAUGUGACAGGAGUAGAAGCAUCAUUCAUAGGAAGAAGAGUGGGAUUGGGGUACAGGAAUAAGUACGAGGGAGAGGAGGAAGUGAAAGAGGGGAUGAAGAGGGUUGUGAAGAUUAUGAAGGGUGUGAGUAAUAAAAGUAGAAAGAGUAGUGAGAGAGGUGAUUACGAGAGUAGUGAAAUAGUGGUGAGGAUAAAGAGGUGA